AUGAUCGACGAACUGGAAGCAUCGCGUGUGGACAACAACUCAUCCUCGACCUCGUUCUCCUCUCCGGAACUAUCGUCCUCGAGUUCGUCGCUACGGCCAAAGCGAUGCAUCAGCUACAUGACGAUGAAAGCGCUACACGAUAUGAGGCUCAGUGAGACGCUUUGCGACGCAUCCAUCGUGCUGCCCGACAGUGGAAAGGAAUUUCUGGUGCAUCGUGUCAUUAUGGGAUCAUGCAGUGAAUACUUCCGCAUCCUGUUCACAACGUCUGUGCCGAGCGAAAAAUAUCAUCUGGAAAUACCGGGGAUACCAAGCACGAUCAUGGAGCAGAUCAUCCGGUACGCUUAUCUCCGCGAGUGUGAACUUUCGGAGGAUACGGUGUUUGAUGUGUACACGGCGGCUGACUAUUUGCUCAUGAACAGCCUUACGGAACACUGUUCCGUUUACAUAUUGGAUCGGUUACGAAUAGACAACUGCGUUACUAUAAUGCUGUUUGGCAGGCAACGUGCAUCGAAAACCCUGUACGAUACUGCCCGAAUUUUUAUUCUGAAGAACUUUCCACAGUUGGCCCAAACUGCCACUAACGAGAAUGAGUUGCUACAGCUCGAACUUGACGAAAUCUGUCAGCUGCUUGUCGAUGAUCAGUUGAAUGUGCGCGAAGAGGUUAUGGUGUGGGAGUUUGUGUUACGAUGGAUCGAUCAUGAUCCAUCCAAGCGAAGUAAACACAUCUACCGGCUGAUGAAAACGGUUCGCUUUGGGUUACUAAACACAGAGUACUUUCUAGACAAAGUGAAAGAAAAUCAGUACGUCGUGGCGUACGAUGAAACGAAACCGCUGGUGAUAGAAGCUUUGACCUUCCUGUACGAUCUGGAGAUGAUCAGCACCAGAGCUAUGAAGGAGAUGAAUACACCAGCGAUCGCCACACCGCGACUACCACAUGAAGUGAUAUUCACAGUCGGUGGUUGGGGCGAAGGUCAUUCACAGUCCAUCAUCGAGACGUACGACACAAGAGCUGAUCGGUGGAUAAAGGUGCCCAAUGAAGACCCGGCCGGGCCACGAGCGUACUACGGAGCGGCCUACAUUGGACGGUAUCUCUACUUUGUCGGAGGCUAUGAUGGAGUGGAACAUUUCAACACGUGUCGCCGGUUCGACAUGAUCUUGAAGGACUGGCAGGAGAUUGCACCGAUGCACCAGAAACGGUGUUAUGUAAGUGUGGUCGCCCUGAACGGUAUGCUAUAUGCGAUGGGUGGCUACAAUGGUACUAACCGGCACAACUCGGUUGAACGGUACGAUCCAAGAACAAACCAAUGGACGCUGAUCGCACCGAUGGGUUCCCUACGCUCCGAUGCCGAUGCUUGCACACUGAACGGCAUGAUCUACAUUGCUGGUGGAUUUAACGGUCACGAGUGUCUCAACACUGCCGAAAUGUACGAUCCACAAGCCAACAGCUGGUCACCGCUUCCUCCAAUGAUGCACCGUCGGUCGGGCGUUUCGUGUGCCGCGCUCGGUGGUUCGGUGUACGUGAUCGGUGGUUUCAAUGGACUUAUCCGGUUAAAUAGUGGCGAACGAUACGAUCUGGCCACGAGACGCUGGACAGCCUGCAAAGAGAUGUACCACCAGCGGAGCAACUUUGGGCUGGAAGUGAUCGACGAUAUGCUGUUAGCGAUCGGUGGCUAUGACGGUGUGAGUGCGAUCGCGUACGUUGAAUGCUAUAGUCCGGAAGCAAACGAAUGGCUCGAAGCGACCGAUCUGAGCAUGAUGCGUUCCGCCUUCCGUGCUGUCACUGUUUCGGGGUUGCCCAACCUCGAGGAUUAUAUGCAUUCGAACAAGGAAAAUCUAAUCAACGAGAUGAAUGUACAUCGGCACGGUAAUCCUGUAUUAGAGUCCAGGUCCGCUAGUGACGCCGAGGAUGAAGAGCUGGACUAA